UUCAGUAAAAGUUUUGCGAGUUGAGGUUUGUCAAUAAUAUCGGUUGUGUAAAAAUGUUACAAACUUUGCGGGAACGCUCGCAAAAACGAAAGAAACUCCUGGCACAGACGCUUGGUGUGUCAAGUGUUGACGAGUUGAGGCAGAUUUUAGGAACUGAAGUAGAUGAAUCGCAAAAGAAGAAAAUUAAAGUGACGUCGUUCAAAUGUGAAGAUGAAGCCAAAGAGAAGCAAAGCAAUACAUCCGCGACAGAUGAAAUUGUUUACAAAGAUUCGUCUACGUUCUUAAAAGGGACACAGUCCUCGAAUCCGCACAACGAUUACUGUCAGCACUUUAUUGACACAGGCCAGAGGCCUCAAAAUUUUAUCAGGGACGUUGGUCUGGCCGACAGAUUUGAGGAGUAUCCCAAACUUAGGGAGCUUAUAAAACUGAAAGACGACCUGAUUUCCGAGACGGCUACUCCUCCCAUGUAUUCAAAGACCGACUUGUCCACGUACAGCUUGAAAGACUUGAACUGUAAGUUUGAUGUGAUACUUAUUGAACCUCCGUUAGAAGAAUAUCAAAGAACUUGUGGUGCUACAAAUGUGCAGCUGUGGAACUGGGAUCAGAUUAUGGAGUUGGAUAUUGGUGAGGUGGCAGCUAGCAGGAGCUUUGUUUUUUUGUGGUGUGGUAGUAGUGACGGUUUGGAUAUGGGGAGAUUUUGUUUGAGAAAGUGGGGUUUUAGGCGGUGUGAGGAUAUUUGUUGGAUUAGGACAAACAUUAAUAAUCCUGGACAUAGUAAAAAUUUGGACAGUAAGGCAGUGCUUCAAAGGACUAAAGAGCAUUGUUUGAUGGGUAUUAAGGGAACUGUCAGACGAUCAACGGAUGGUGAUUUUAUUCAUGCCAAUGUGGAUAUUGAUUUAAUUAUAUCAGAGGAAACUGAAUAUGGCUCUAUUGAAAAACCUGUAGAAAUAUUUCAUAUCAUCGAACAUUUUUGUCUUGGACGUAGGAGGUUACAUCUUUUUGGAAGAGACACAACAAUCAGACCUGGUUGGCUGACAGUUGGUCCUGAAUUGACCAAUACCAAUUUCAAUGCAGACAUUUACAAUGGUUAUUUUAAUAAUAAUCAAAUCACUACUGGCUGUACAGAAAGAAUAGAAGCUCUACGACCAAAAUCACCUCCUCCCAAGGGUAAAGUCUCAGGCAGAGGUAGAGGUGGUUUUAAUCGUGGACGAGGACGAGGAAGAUAAAGUGAUGCAAGGCAUACAAAAUUUUUAAAUAUUUGUUGUUUUAUAAACUGAUAUAUUUUUGAAAAUAUCAAGAAGAAAUAAUCUCUUGCAAAUGUGUUGCUUGCAAGAAUAAUUGAAAAUAUAGCUAUUUCAUUGUUGGAGUUGUGUGAUGUGAUUGCACAAAAAACAUUUAGCCAAAU